UUACAGCUUUAAAAUGUGUUAAUGAUCUGGAAGAUAGUGACGUCAACAGAGAGUAACUGCCGAAACCCCCAACUGCAGAGCGUGGAAUUGGAGUAAGCAGCUGCAAGUGGAUACGAUCGCAAUGUCCUUCAGAACGAGCGAGGUUAGAGCCCUGCUGCGCAAAGACGUGCUUGUGCGCUGGCGCCAGAAGGGCUUGACGUUGACGCUGUUCAUCUGGCCUUUGGUGACCUUCAUACUGCUUUAUCUCAUACGGCUCAAGUAUGGCUCGGAACAGGUGGAUGCUUGCCAGUUUCCCACACGCCUGCUGCCCACCAAGAAUCAGGUGGUGCCCAGUGCAUUCUCCUAUAUUUGCAGCAUAGAGAACAAGUGCUUGAAAACCGAUCCCUAUGAGGAGUACUCCAAAUGGCAGGGAGCACCCUUGCAUUCCGUGAUUGACAUUGUUAAUGUAUUUGUCACCGAUGAUCGUCUGUACAAUGCGGUUAUUGAGCUACCGGAGAAGGCGAACUUUGUGAAUGCGGUGACUACGCUGGUCACCAGUAAUCACCUGGAUCUUAUUCGAAGCAACAUAAGCGAAAUUAUUUCUCUGGUGCCUGAAAUUGAGCGCCUGAUGAAUUACAGCUUUGAUAUCACGAAACUGUUUUCAAACCGGGAGACAUUCGUUAAGCUGGGCGUUCUGCUAUGCGGUCAUCCGUUUCCCAGCACGGAGAGCAUACCUCUGGUCAACGACAUUCUAUACUCCGAAGACUUCAGUGAGGUCAACGACGAUGAGCUAAAGGCCAUGCCAAGUAUGCCCCAUUCUCCUCUGGUUUCAGCUCUCACCGGAACCUCUCUUUCUCUCACACUCUCUCUUUCUCUCUCUCUCUCUCUUAUAGCCAAGUAUUGCAAGCGUUUGUAUUUAGAUGUUACUUCAACGAACCAGGGCAAGCUCACCUGGAACUUCAUCAAGCCGAUUAUACAGGGUAAAAUUCUAUAUACGCCAGCCAAUGCUGAUACGGAGAGCGUUGUCAAGUUUACUAAUGCCACAUUCGAAGAACUUGGUCGACUCAAGAAUCUUUCGAGCGCCACUGCCGCCAUACUCAACAAGCUGCAUACGAACGCCACCUUCCAGGAGGCCUUCGACAAUCUGCUGAAGCUGGCGCGUUCGCCGCUGGUCAAGAGCCUGUUGGGCAAUGACUUUGACAUUGAGGAGAUCGAGCGCAUCAUGAACUAUGUGCGCAACAAUAAGCUUAUCUACGAGAUACUGACGACAAUUAGCGAACUGCUGGAGUGCCUUUCGGUGGACCGCUUUGAGCCGGUGUCCGAUGUAGACCAACUGCGGCGGCGCGCCUACGAGCUAAAUCAGCAGCGUAUUUUUCUGGCCGCCCUUAACUUUGAGAACGUGCGGGGUGAGCACAUAACGUACAGAUUGCACAUGGACACGGACAAUACGCAGCCCACGUUCGAGAACAAGAAUCGAUUUUGGUUUCCGGGGCCGGCCGCCAGCAUGCUGGUGGAUCUCAAGUACCACAGGGGUUUCGUGCAGCUUAAGCAGAUGGUUGACCUGGGCAUUAUCAAACAUAAACGUCAAGAGUUGGGUCCCGUCGAGGAGCCAGAAUCAGAUCAGCCCACACGCCCCGUCAUCAGCUUGCAACGCGUGGAUGAUGACGAAGACCUCUUCAAUGAUGAGGAUGACGCGGACUCCGACAAAUCGGAGGUUUCGCACACGACGAUCUUGCCGCAGUCACCAGAAGUAGAGACAACCACCGUUGGGGAGCAACAGCAGGAGACUACCACGGAACAGAAGACUACGCAAGAGGAAGAUAGAGUCACAUUAUCCGCUAAUAACCCAGAUUUUGUGUUCCUAAGCAAUGGCGAUGUAAAGGAACGCAGCGAGCGCGUGCGGCGCCAGCAACUGUCCGACCUAACUAGCCCAAGUGACAAACAGCAGGAGGAGGAGGAGUUAAAUUGGCCAGCGGUCAAUAGACAUCGCGUCAAGCGUCAGGGUCUCUUGGAUCUGCUCAGCAGCUUCGGCAGCGACAGCGACUCGAAGGGUAUGAAAUUCGCCGUGGACGAUAUGAGAUUCUAUACCAAACAAUUUCCAUAUCCGGCCUAUGUCAGUGAUGACUUUAAGCGUGGCAUUUACUUGGCCCAGGCCGUCCAAGUAUCCUUCUGUUUGGGUCUGGUUAUAGCCGUGGCCAUAUGCGUUCGGGAGCGUAUCUGGAUGCGUGAGAGCCGAAACAGCAUGCUAAUGCGCUCAAUGGGCCUGCAUGCACACUCAGAACUGGUCGCCUGGAUUCUAAUUAGCUUCGUGGAGCUGUGCGUCAUCUUUGUGCUGAUCAGCAUCGUCCUCUAUGCCGGUGGCAUUCUGGUCUACACCAACUGGUUCUUCAUGAUGUCCUAUUGUCUCGUCUUUGGCGCGUGUCUGAUCUCAUUCUGCUACAUGUGUUCCAACUUCUUCAUAUCUGCCAACAUUGGUGCCGUCGCCGCGGCGCUGAUUUUCUUCAUCACCCUCUGUCCAUUUAUCAUAGUGCUUCUCUUCGAUGCAAAGCUAAAUUUGCUGGAGAACUUUUUGGUGAAUUUAUCCUUCACGACAGCCUUCGCCAAGGGCUGGAGCGAACUGAUGCGCAUGGAGCUGCAAGAGCAAGGUCUGGGCGUAGGUCAUCUGCUCCAGCUGGGACCCACGGGCAGCGACUGUGCGCUGGCAUUCCUCAUGUUCAUUCUUGAUCUUCUGCUAUAUGCGGCCAUUGGCUAUGGCUAUCAGCGCUUUAAGAAAAAUAACUAUAGCUUCGUGCGGGUAGCUCGCGCUCAGCUGGAUGCCAAGUUGGGCGCCUCACUCAGCAGCGUGACCAAGAUGUACGGCAACAAGUAUGCCAUAUCGAACAUCAGCCUAGACUUUGCGCGUAACCAAGUUAGCUGCCUGCUAGGACGCAAUGGCGCCGGAAAGAGCACGCUCAUCAAGCUGCUCACGGGCCAGACGGUGCAGACGACGGGCCAGGUGCUGCUAGCCGGCGAGCACAAUGUGGGCGUCUGCUGGCAGGAUAAUAUACUUAUACCCAAGCUGACGGCACGAGAGCAUCUGGAGCUGUACGCACAGCUCAAGCUGGAUGCGACAGACAGCGAGCAUGCGAAUGCGGAGCAGGAGGUGCGUCGUACUUUGGAGGGCCUCAACUUUGGCAAGUACGAGAAUUACUUUGCCUAUCAGCUCUCCGGCGGCUACAAGCGGCGUCUGUGCGUGGCCAUUGCGUUCAUUGCCUCGCCCAGUGUGGUCAUCCUGGACGAGCCCUGCAAUGGGGUGGAUGCCAAGGCGCGCAAGGACAUCUGGCAGCUGAUUGAGCAGCUGCGACAAGGACGCGCUGUCAUCUUUGCCACACACUUCCUGGACGAGGCCAAGUACCUCAGCGAUGCGCUCUACACCAUGCGCAAUGGCCGUAUUGUUGCCCAGCACAGUCGGGACUCGCUGCAACGACUCUGCACCUCGGAUUACAGCGUGGAGAUGCGCUGCAUAGAUCCAAAUGCAUCUGCCGCCAUUGUGCAGCUGGCUCAGCAGCUGCUUAGCCAAAGCCAUGUGUUGCCAGGACGAGAGCCACAGCAACUGAUCAUUAGUGCCAGCUAUGGGCAGAAUCUAACGCCGGCUGCCGUGCAGCUUCUGGAGCAGUUGCAGGCGCAGGAGGCAGCGGGUAUCAUAACCGAUCUGAGGCUCAACAGCAGCGGCAGCCUGGAGCAGGAGUUCGAGCAAUUAAAUCGCAGGGAUGAGUCGCUUACUCAGCGGCUGACGGCAACCACCUCAAGCAUUGUCACCGGAGCCACCGAUGUAACGGAGCAGCCGCCUGGCUGCUGGACACAAUUCCUACUGCUGCUGGGCAAACGGCGGCGUCAUCUGAUGCGCAACUACCGCCUGCUGCUCUACGUGCUGCUGCUGCCAGCAAUCUUUGAGCUGUGCGCCAUGUGGUUUGUCAGCUAUCGUCUGGAAGAUGACUUUGACACGGUGCUGCCCCUGACUCGCAAUCUCUAUCCGCACACAGCGCAAGUCUUGAGCCGGGAGCGAUUGACACGCUUCACAGAACCCCUCUACGACAAUCUAAAGGAGGGCUGUGACACGGACUUCGAGUGCAGCGAGUUCAGCAAUUCCCGGCAAGCUUUCCACUGGGUGCUGACCAGCCUGGACGAGUACCGUGGCCGCCGCUAUGGGGGCUAUGGUCUUAAUGGCACCGGUGCCACCGUCUGGUACAACAACAAGGGCUACCACGCCAUGGUGUCCUGGUUGAAUGACCUGAACACUCAGCUGCUGCGCACGUCCCUCAACAGGACGGACUACGACAUACGCGUCCUGAAUGAGCCCUGGAAACUGGGCUAUGCUGAGCUGAGCACCAGCUCGGUGCUGCGCCAGGCUGGCGACUCCUGCAUGGUUUUCAUACUGCUGAUCGCAUUUGGAAUGGUGGUCGCCGCCGGCUCCGUUUAUCUAGUUAACGAGCGAGUUAACGGCGAGAAGCUGCAGCAACGUCUGAGCGGCGUCAGCGCCAUCACUUACUGGCUGGUGGCCUUCCUUUGGGACUACCUGAUCAUGGUGCUGGCUCUGGUCGUUUGCCUGGCCAUUGUGCUGAUCUUCAACAUGCCGGUCUUUGUCGAUCGUCAGCAACUGGGAGGCAUUGUGGUCCUAUCCCUGAUGUUCAGCUUUGCAUGCGUGCCGGCCGUGCACGUUGCGGAAAAGAUCUUCAGCGACUCAAGCAUAGCCAUUGUGUCCAUCUUUUGCGCCAGCAUCAUCAUUCCGCUAAUUACCAUGGGCAUCGUGCUAAUCCUGGGAGUUGUGGGCGACAGCGCCAUCUGGGACGUCUGGCGGCAUGGCCUGAACAAUGCCUUCCUCGUCUUUCCCCAGCACGCACUGGGCGACGGCCUGUUGGAGCUGUGCAAGAACUACAUGGCCGCUGUGGUCUUCAAGCGCUAUGACAUUGACUCCUACAAGCAGCCGCUGGCCAGCGAUCUCCUGCAGCGGCACUUCACUGCUUUGGCCGUUGUGGGUAUUGUCUGCCUGUUGCUGAAUCUGCUGAUUGAGUGCCAUUUGCUGAGCCGCAUGUGGCAGCAGGUGACUAGCCUCUUGGACUGCCAGUACCGACGCGAACUACGCAAGCUGGGUCAGCUGAAGCUAGUCAACAUUCAGAGCAUCUUCAAGAGCUGCGUUAGCGCCGGCGAGGCACUGCGGGUCGAGAAUCUCUGGCUCGCCUACCGACGUGGACGCUAUGCGGUGCGCCAGGUCCACUUUGGCGUACAGCGCGGCGAGUGCUUCGGACUUCUUGGAAAGAACGGAGCCGGAAAGUCGACCAUUUUCAAAAUACUCACGCGUCAGCUACUGCCAAAUGUGGGGCAAGUCUAUUUGGAGCAUCCCGGCAUUUCGUAUUGCCCGCAGACCAAUCCACUGGAUCCACUGCUGACGGUGAAGGAGUGCAUCCUGCUUUAUGGCCAGCUGCGUGGCAUCAAACAGCUGGAUCGCCUGCUGGAGCGCAUACUGGACACUUACGAGCUGCGCAGCUAUCGGGACGUCCAGGUGAAGAAGCUAAGUGGCGGCAAUCGGCGCAAGCUAACGGUGGCCAUCAGCUGCUGCGGGUACACGCCGAUUGUAUUGAUGGACGAGCCGACGAGUGAUAUGGAUCCGGUGACGCGCUCCUUUGUUUAUCUCACCAUUGAGCAGCUGCUGUCAGCGCGUCGAGCCGUGCUGCUAACUUCGCAUUCCAUAUCGGAGAUUGAGCACCUGUGCCAGCGCGUCGCUGUGCUCAAGGAUGGCCAAAUCGUGGCCAACAACAGUCCGGCAGAGCUAAAGGCCCAGCAUGGUGGCUACUAUGCCAUCAACUGCUUCUGUGCGCCCAUUCAACAGGCAGCGCUGGCCAAGAUGCUGGUCGAACGCCUGCCCGGCGCGUCCGAUCUGCAGCAUUAUGCGCAUAGUCUGCGUUUUCUGGUCAAGGUGCGCCAAGCCAGCAGCUCGGAAGCGAUUGCCAAGCAGCCGACGCUCGCCGAGCUCUUUGAGGCGGUGCGUGUAAUGUCCGCCAGUCUGGAGCUGUCGGCGCACUUUGCAAUCAGUCGCUGUCGCUUCGAGGCGGUCUUUGAGCGCAUCCUGGACAACUGCGAGGCAACCUCAAAUGGGGGCUCCGAUCUGCCCACCAAGUCAGCGGCGGUCAGCGGUACGCUUGCAACGGGCUAUGUGCAUUGUGGCUACGAGGAGACCACGACCUAAAAGUAGAGCACAACGUAAAUCUUUUUUUUUUUUUAUUAUAAUUAUUAAUAUAACAUAUAUUAUUGUAGAAUUGUAUGUUUAUGUUUUAUGUUUAUGCUUCUAUUUUUACUUUAUAGACAAUUUAUUUGUGAUAAGUUAGGACACUCCGUUCCAGUGAUAAGUUUACGGUAAAUAAUUUGUUCGAUAGGCUUCCAGGUUUUUUUGGGUUCGGGUUCGGGAUCCCCCGUCAGGGUGUCUCUAAAGUUAGGACAAUCUAGAGCUUUAAUCAAUGUGUGUAAAUGACUUCACAGUUAGACUAGGUACUUAUCUAAUCUCAAGUACAAACAUUUUAACCAAGCGCCGGCGAGUGCAAUGCAAGCGUUUUAGUCCCCAAUUUCAAGUUUUUAUAUAUUUGAAUGUUAAACGAUAAUGCUUGAUAUAUGUUUGUGUGUAUUAUAACUGAAUUAUGUAUAACAAUAAUGUAUAACAGUAAUCUGUAAACCAAUAAACUAAAAAAAUCUA